AUGGCCACUGGGCUGCACAGGUUUCAGCUGCUGCUGCUGCUGCUGCUGCUGCCAGCCUUUCUGGGACUGUGUGCUGCUCUGCCAGAAGACUGGGUCCCAGGAAAUUAUACAGACAAUAAGCUUGAUGCACUACGGUUCCUGGAUGACUACAACCACACUGCUGAAAUGGUACUGUUCCAGAGUGUCCUGGCCAGCUGGAACUACAACACCAACAUCACACAACACAACUCUCAGCUUCAGGUAAUUGCAUCUCUUGAAGAACAGGAAUUCUCUGAAGCCUGGGGUAAAAAGGCCAAAGUCACUUUUACAGACGAAACGCUCAACUCACUUUUACCUGAUAAAAAGAAACUGAUGGAAAAAAUCAAGGUACUGGGAGCCGCCAACCUUGGCCCAGACGAAAGGAAAGAGUACAACACCAUCCUCAGCACCAUGGACAGUAUCUAUUCAACAGCAAAGGUGCAUCCAUCCCCAAAUGUCAGCUGGAGCCUAGAACCUGAACUCACAGACAUCAUGGCCAACUCUAGGAGCUACAAGAGGCUGCUGUUUGCCUGGGAGGGCUGGCACAAUGCAUCAGGGGUCCCUCUGAAGGAGUACUACCCCAGAUUUGUGGAGCUCAGCAACAAUGCUUCACAAGCUGAUGGAUUUUCAGAUACAGGUGCAGACUGGAGAUCGUGGUACGAGACUGAGACUUUUGAAAAGGACUUGGAAGAACUUUACAGGACCAUUGAGCCACUGUACAAAAACCUACAUGCCUUUGUUCGGCGGCAGCUCUACAACCAAUAUGGUCCCAAGUACAUCAACCUAAAAGGACCAAUUCCUGCUCACCUGUUAGGAAACAUGUGGGCCCAGACCUGGAACAACAUUUAUGGUUUGAUGAUUCCAUUUCCAGAGAAACCCAACCUGGAUGUGACUGAGGAGAUGGUCAACCAGGGUUACAAUGCUACACACAUGUUCCGUGUGGCUGAGGAGUUCUUCACCUCUCUGGGAUUGGACCCAAUGCCUCAGGAAUUCUGGGAUGAGUCCAUGUUGGAGAAGCCUGAAGGUCGAGAGGUGGUGUGUCACGCGUCUGCCUGGGACUUUUACAACCGCAAAGACUUCAGAAUCAAGCAGUGCACCACAGUGACCAUGGAGCAGCUCUUCACUGUGCACCAUGAGAUGGGUCACAUCCAGUAUUACCUGCAGUACAAAGAUCAGCCUGUGGGCUACCGUCGUGGAGCCAACCCUGGUUUUCAUGAGGCGAUUGGAGACGUGUUGUCUUUGUCAGUUUCUACACCCAAACACCUUCACACCAUCAACCUGCUAGAUGAUCCCUCUUCCAAUAAUGAAACUGACCUGAACUACCUGUUAAAGAUGGCUUUGGAGAAGAUCGCCUUCCUUCCUUUUGGUUACCUCAUUGACCAGUGGAGGUGGGGUGUGUUCAGUGGACAAACUCCUCCAGAGAAAUACAACUCAGAAUGGUGGUACCUCAGGACCAAGUAUCAGGGAAUCUGCCCCCCCACUGCACGUACUGAGGAGCACUUUGAUCCUGGGGCCAAAUACCACAUCCCUGGAAACACGCCUUACAUCAGAUAUUUCGUCAGCUUCAUCCUUCAGUUCCAGUUUCAUGAAAAACUGUGUAAGGCUGCCAAACACACAGGUCCUCUGCAUACAUGUGACAUCUACAAGUCCAAAGAGGCUGGAGCCAUUCUAAAGAAGGUACUUGUAGCAGGUUCCUCUAAACCUUGGCCUGAGGUUCUGCAGGAGGCUAUAGGAACCAACAAGAUGGACGCCACCUCCCUGAUGAAGUAUUUUGAGCCUGUUAUUACAUGGUUGGAGGAGCAGAAUAAAGACGAAACCCUAGGUUGGCCUGACUUUAACUGGGUUCCACCCAUUCCAGAGGGCUACCCUGAAGAUAUUGAUAAGAUUACCGAUGAGUUGGAUGCUAAGAGGUUCCUGGCUGAGUACAACAGCACAGCAGAGGUGGUGUGGAAUGCUUACACUGAAGCCUCCUGGAAAUACAACACUGAUAUCAAUGAGGCCAACAAACAAGCCAUGCUGGACAAGAACCUGGCCAUGGCAAACCACACUCUGACGUAUGGACUGAAGGCUCGCCAGUUCGACACCACUGACUUCCAGGACCCCUCAGUAAAACGAAUUAUAGAGAAACUGAGUGAUAUUGAACGAGCAGCACUGAGCCCUGCUGAGCUGGAAGAUUACAAUACUCUCCUGUCUGACAUGGAGACCAAGUACAGUGUGGCUGAGGUCUGCAGAGCCAACGGCACCUGUCACCCACUGGAUCCAGACCUACAGAAGAUCAUGGCGGAGUCCAGAGAUUAUGACGAGCUGUUAUUUGCCUGGAAAGGAUGGAGAGACGCUGCUGGGAAAGUCCUUCGUCAGGAUUAUAAGAGAUAUGUGGAACUGGCCAAUAAAGCUGCCAAACUCAACGGUCACCCUGAUAACGGAGCUUUCUGGCGUUCCUUGUAUGAAUCCCCAACCUUUGAGCAAGACCUGGAGACUCUGUGGUUGGAGCUGGAGCCACUCUACCAGAACGUCCACGCUUAUGUCCGUAGAGCUUUGUACAAAAAGUACGGUGCCAAGUAUGUCAACCUGAAGGGACCGAUUCCUGCUCAUCUGCUUGGCAACAUGUGGGCCCAGACAUGGUCCGGAAUCAUGGAUCUGGUCAUGCCUUACCCAGACGCCACACAGGUUGAUGCAACACCAGCAAUGGUAGCCCAGGGGUGGAAUGCUGUGAAAAUGUUCAAUGAGUCAGACCGGUUCUUUACUUCUCUUGGUUUGCUGCCAAUGCCUCAAGAAUUCUGGGAUAAAUCCAUGCUGGAAAAGCCUGAGGAUGGGCGUAAGGUUGUGUGUCAUGCCUCUGCCUGGGACUUCUACAACAGGAAAGACUUCAGGAUCAAACAGUGCACAGUGAUCACCAUGGACGACCUGAUCACCGUGCACCAUGAGAUGGGCCACGUCCAGUACUUCUUGCAGUACAAAGAGCAGCCCGUGUCGUUCCGUGACGGGGCCAAUCCUGGGUUCCAUGAGGCCAUUGGCGAUGUACUGGCACUGUCAGUGUCAACACCCAAACAUCUGCACAGCAUUGGUCUCCUGGACAAAGUGGAGAGCAACCACGAGAGCGACAUCAACUUCCUGAUGAGCAUGGCUCUGGACAAGAUUGCAUUCCUACCUUUCGGGUUCCUGAUGGACCAGUGGAGAUGGAAAGUGUUCGAUGGACGCAUACCCUCGUCAGAGUACAACAAGGAGUGGUGGAACCUCAGGAUGAAGUACCAGGGACUGUGUCCUCCUACAGUCCGCACUGAGGACGACUUUGACCCCGGGGCAAAGUUCCACAUCCCUGCUAAUGUGCCUUAUGUCAGGUACUUUGUCAGCUUCAUCAUCCAGUUCCAGUUCCACAAAGCUCUGUGUGAGGCUGCCAAACAUGAGGGUCCUCUCCAUACAUGUGACAUCUACAAGUCUAAAGAAGCUGGGAAGCUACUGGGUGACGUGAUGAAGCAGGGCUUCAGUAAACCCUGGCCUGAGGCCAUGACCAUGAUCACGGGCCAGCCCAAAAUGACAGCCCAGCCUCUCAUGGAGUACUUCCAACCCCUCAUCCAGUGGCUGGAGUUAGAGAAUAACAAGAACAGAGAUGUUCGUGGGUGGCCUGACUACGACUGGAGACCUGGGAGUGAACAGGAAAAAGUGGUUGAAUCCAAUAAAGUGGACUUCCUGGGUAUGAGUGUGGAUAAAGCAGCUGCUGUAGCUGGACAGUGGAUCCUUCUAGUGCUUGGCCUGGUUCUUCUGGUCGCCACCAUCCUGGUUGCCUACAAGUACAAGAAAGCAAAAAAGUCCAGGAAGAGCUUGUCCUCCAUGGAGCUCAAGUAAAAUCACGUCAAGACAAAGAGAAAAAUGCAAAGUCGGACUCACUGUAACUACCACAGUACCAGCCUCGAUGUGAACAUCAGCGUUUGUGUGCUGUAAAACACUCCUGAUCAAGUCUGAUUUUUCUUUCCCCCCUCUCUCUAGUUUGUAUAUAUGUUGUACACCUUAGUCAACACGUUUCGUUGUGCCUAUGCAAGAGAGAACAUUACUAUUUUGUAAUUUAUUUGUAAUAUUUCCAGAGAAACACAGUUUUAAAAUGAAUGUAAACUUGCUCAUUGUAUAAGCAUUUUGGAUUUUUUCUUUUUUUUUUAAACCCCAAACAUUUCUACAAUAAAAAAAUGGAAAUACAUUUUCAGUCUGUGUUGCUAUACAUGCUGAAGUUUAUUGUAUUGUAUAUAGUCAUGGUCACCUUGCAAAAUGCUUUAAAUUGCAAAUUUUUCUUAGGCGACUUAGUUCCUAGCUUAAUAUUAGCUACUUCUUGGCAUGCUCUUGAUGGCUUUAAAUACAAUCGUAUUUGUUUAUUCAACCUACAUUUUAUUUACUUGCUUAUUUAAUCAAAUCCAGGUACCUAUUACAGCUAAAUUGGAUACAUAUAAUGUUGUUUGUUUGUUCCUAAUGUUAUUUACCUGCUCCAGUUUGUGCUGUGUUAUUGAAGGGGGUUAAAGACAGAGGGGAAUUUCUUUAAUAGCACAAAUUUUGUCCUGGAAAAACCCCCAGAAAGGUAAUAAAAGAAAACAACCACAGAAAGUAUUUUUGUUGCGUGAGAAACCACCACCUCACACUUCUAGUUACCCACUAAAAACUGGCACCAUGUGUGAACAAUACCAAGAUACACCCAGUGAAGUGGCCAGUGAUGUAGAACACAUCAUCUACUGGUAAGAACUGAACUCGAGCAUGUGAAAACAAUUUAAUGACAUCAAAACUGCACAUUUUACAAAAUAGCCUCAACAUCACCACAGUGAACAGAGUCGGUGCAGAGGUUUCAGCCCCUCCCUUCCUUACUCACAGAGUCAAUGGAGCCUCAGUGAAGGCACAGUCAACAACGGGGGAAGUGUUGGCUCUCAGGUAGCAUGGGCACGAAGGGUAAUGCAACACUUCAGAGAUGGUUCACUGGCUUUUCUCUAUCCAGUUUGUCAUCAGUGCUGCUGAUCAGCCAUGACGGCUCUGAAAUAAUCCAAGUGUCUGUACUGUCGCAGCUUAGGGACAGAACAACAUCAAACAUCCAACAUCAAAAUUCAACAUUAAUUCAUCCAUAAUGCACGGUGAGAAUACACAGAAGCUUACAAUAUCAAGUCUUUGGACAUCCAGUGUUGUGACUCCCUGAAUGUGAUACAUUUAACAUAAUCCAGGUAGAUACAUAUUUUUAGUGUGAAACGAAAGAAACAGCAUGUUUUUACAAACUGCGCUAUAGAAUCAUUUAAUAUACAAACAGAAUUCUAUUGUUGGUCAAAUUGUUGCAGGGGAAAAUUUAAUGAGGACAAAUAAAACAUGUCCAGCUGGGAAAUAAAAAAGCCCAUUGCCCAAUUGUACUGCAUUUUUGUACUUUGUAGUCUAUCCUUGAAACCAGGGAUAUGUCAAAGGACAGUACAAAUGUCCAAGGCUUCCAAUAGGUUUGUUGUUUGAAGGUAAAUAUAUUGUUGCAUAAAAAAAAACAACUAAAAUAUAGCCUUAGAAGAGGUUCUUGUGGGUGUUUGUUUAUCAGAUAUAGGUAACUUUCUUCUCCCACUUUUCUUAACCCAGUUUUUUCAUUGGACAGGCCAUGAAAGGUCAGGCUCGUAAUUGGUGAACUGCCAGGUUUGAAACCCAGCACUAGCAGGGCCGUGUUGUGCUGAGCAGACACUUUAACUCUUGUGUGUCUGAUGCGUUGUGUCUUCCUUUUUUUCUUUUCAGGAAUCCCUAGAAAUGGUCAGCCAAUGAAAUACCAGGAAGGAACUAUUUCAACUCCAGUUUUGUGCUUGUUGUGUUUUACAGGUGGAUUAAAUACAAACAGUGAUUCCCCUGUAAUGUAGUCUGUCAAACACAGCUGUGAACAUUCACAACCACAUUUUCACAUUUUCACACAUACCACAACAGAUUAUGACCUCUGUGUAGUAAGAGCAGUUGAAAAAAAAAAGGUCACGAUGACCGGUGUGUACCCACACUGGUCAUUCAUGAUGACCAGUGUGGGGACCCUAACAGGCAGACAGAAUAAAUUUGUUGUAAAAAAAAAAAAGAGAAAACUCCAAUAAC